AUGCGUCAGGACUUUUCCUCGCCGACGCUGUCGCCAAUACCGCCGUAUCCUGCGCACAGAGAGAGGAAUGACUUAGCACCGCCUGCACUGCCGGCGCCUUCACGACCUUUACCACCCACGCCGCAGGCGCCACAGACGGAGUCGACAGACGAGAGAGCGAGCAUGAGAGCAACGCACAUCCGCCCGCGCACUGCGCCGGCGUCGCCUGAGCGUCCGAGUACGGCGUUCAGUACGCGCUCGACGAUUCGACAAGUCGAGCCGUCGCCAGAAAGCCUCAGCGAUGCGCUCGCCAACGGCUUUGCAGACGGCGGUACACCCGCACAGAGACGUUCGUUCGAGCCCUUCCCACCCUUUGACCCAGGCCGAGACGAGAAGAUCGCUGCAGACGGGCUGCGCACGCACAUCCCCAGCCCCGAGCCCACCGGUAGUAUUCCAGAGACAGGCCUGCGCCGUGGCGGCACACCUUCAGGCCACGCAUCACCGCGCAAAAGCCGCUCGCGCUCGCCGCAAAAGUCCCGCAGCGAGUCUCCGCGCAAGACAGUGGUUCACACGCCAACACUGCCAGCACACCAGGAAAGUCCUUCAUCUUCAUCUGCGUACUCGGUCGCGGAGAACCAGCAUGAGGACAACCUUGAACCGCCCGACACGCCGUCGCCGGUGACGCGCGAGCAGCAGAGGCAAGCCUACGCGCCGCUGCGAAUCAAGCGCCCGUUCGCUGCAGGGGAGGGCGCUGAGAGUGCAGGGGCCGAGAGUGCAAGGCCCGAGAGUGCAAGGGCCGAGAGUACGAGGACCGAGAGUACGAGGACCGAGGGGUACGGAACGCACUUGCGGAUCGCGGACUACAUGCACAAGAUGAAAGAGCAGCGAAGCAGCAGGAGCGUGUCGCCGCAGAAAGACGCGCAGAAGCUCCAGAUGCCAGCCGCACCAUUGAGCGUUCCCGGUCCGCCGACGAUGCAUAUCGUGCAGGCCAUGACGCAGCCACAACCUCACUCCCAGUCGCAGUCUCAGAUCCCCUCGCCCUUCACUGCGGCGCAGAAGCAGGCUGGGACGGAGCCAGCGCGCCAUGCCAGCGAUUCGCGACGCAGCGAAAAGUCUGGCGCGUCUGUGGCGAGCAAGCACAGCGUCUUCUCCACGCCUGGACGAGAUGAGAUGGAGCGGAAGAAACCGAUUGUGGAAGAGGACGAAGGCCCGUUUGCGAAAGCGACGAACAUGCAGGACCUCGAGCAGAGGCGGAGAAGGGUCAGUGAGACGGAUAAGGAGGGUGAUCAGGAUGGAAAAAAGAGAGUCUGUGGACUGAGGUGUGUGGUCAUGUAG